UCACGUCCAGUGCCUAGAACAGCAACGUUAGGCACCUACACCUUCUUGUGGCACUAUUUUAAAGCAGGAUAUCGGUGUCAUCAUAAUACAUAACCCUGUGGACUUUGAAAUGGUGCUGUUGAUCAAACCGGUUGUUGCAAGGAAGGAAAGAGAUAUAACCGAACAGGAAAUAGGUGAUAUUUGCAUUGGGACAAUGUCUUCAGCAGUCGUUCAAAUAUAUGCAGCAGAUCGCAAUGCCAUGUGGUCAAAGAAAUGCUGUGGGGUAGCUUGCCUUGUAAAGGACAAUCCACAGAGGUCAUAUUUUAUCAGAAUAUUUGAUAUCAAGGAUGGGAAAUUAUUGUGGGAGCAGGAGCUGUACAAUAACUUUGUAUAUAAUAGUCCUAGAGGAUAUUUUCAUACCUUUGCUGGAGAUACAUGUCAAGUUGGUCUUAAUUUUGCUAAUGAAGAAGAAGCUAAACUAUUCCGAAAAACAGUAACAGAUUUACUUGGACGACGGCAAAGAAAAUCUGAAAAAAGACGAGACCCACCAAAUGGUCCAAAUCUGCCAAUGGCAACUGUUGAUAUCAAAAACCCAGAAAUUACAACUAACAGAUUUUAUACUCCGCAAGUCAACAAUAUUUCAUACACCAAAGAAAAGAAGAAAGGAAAAACUAAAAAGAAAAGAUUGACAAAGGCAGAUAUUGGAACACCAUCUAACUUCCAACACAUUGGACAUGUUGGUUGGGACCCAAACACAGGUUUUGAUGUGAACAACUUGGACCCAGAGUUGAAAAACCUGUUUGAUAUGUGUGGAAUUUCAGAGGCUCAACUGAAAGACAAAGAAACUUCAAAGGUCAUCUAUGAUUUCAUUGAAAAAACAGGAGGUGUGGAAGCUGUUAAAAAUGAGCUGCGUAGACAAGCUCCACCUCCACCACCACCAUGCAGAGGAGGACCCCCUCCACCUCCACCACCACCUCCCCAUAGCUCGGGCCCUCCUCCUCCACCUGCUAGGGGCCGAGGGGCACCACCUCCACCUCCUUCAAGAGCUCCCACAGCAGCACCCCCACCCCCACCUCCAUCUAGACCGGGUGCAGUAGUGCCCCCGCCUCCUCCAAACAGGAUGAAUCCUCCUCCACCACCAGUGCAUUCAUCAUCUGCACCAUCUGGCCCUCCUCCACCACCACCACCACCAGCAAGUGGGUCAUCUGUGCCCCCGCCUCCACCUCCACCUCCACCCCCUCCUGGUCCUCCUCCACCACCAGGUCUUCAUACAGAGGUUGACAACCAGCUUCCAGUUCCUCCAGGAAACAAAGCAGCACUCUUAGAUCAAAUCAGAGAAGGUGCUCAGUUAAAGAAGGUAGAACAGAACAGUCGACCAGUGUCCUGCUCAGGAAGAGAUGCACUGUUAGACCAGAUACGACAGGGUAUACAACUGAAAUCUGUAUCUGAUGGCCAAGAGAGUGCGCCACCUACACCUGCACCCACCUCAGGAAUUGUGGGCGCAUUAAUGGAAGUUAUGCAGAAAAGGAGCAAAGCCAUUCAUUCUUCAGGUAAGUCUGAUAGAAUUUUUCUGACCUCAUGGGUGUCAGUUUAA